AAAAUUCAUGUCUUGGUGAGAUUAGCAACGCUCUCCCUCCCUCUCUCUCUCUCUCUCUCUCUCUCUCCUACACCGCUUUUUCUUUCUCUAACCCUCUCCCACCUUCAGUUUUGGGUCCGAGCUUCAAAUUCCGACGUACUUGGCCCUCAGAUCCAGCUACCUCCGAAAAUGAGUAGCUUGGUAGAGAGGCUUCGUGUUAGAUCAGAUCGGAGGCCAGUAUAUAAUAUUGAUGAAUCAGAUGACGAUGCCGAUUUUUUGCCUGGAAAACCUGGGACAAACCAGGAAAAGUUUGAAAGGAUAGUCAGGAGUGAUGCGAAAGAUAAUUCAUGUCAAGCAUGUGGAGAAAGUGGGAAUCUUCUCUGCUGUGAAACAUGUACUUAUGCUUACCAUCCCAAGUGUUUGCUUCCACCGCUGAAAGCUCCUCUCCCCGGCAGCUGGAGGUGCCCUGAAUGUGUUAGCCCUCUAAAUGAUAUUGAGAAGAUAUUGGACUGUGAAAUGCGCCCUACUGUUGCUGAUGAUAGUGAUGCCUCAAAGUUGGGUUCGAAGCAAAUUUUUGUAAAACAAUAUCUUGUAAAGUGGAAAGGACUAUCUUAUUUGCAUUGCACAUGGGUGCCGGAGAAAGAGUUCCUAAAAGCUUUUAAGACACAUCCUCGUCUAAAGACUAAAGUAAACAAUUUCCAUCGUCAAAUGGCAUCAAGCAAUAAUUCUGAGGAAGAUUUUGUUGCCAUUCGACCUGAAUGGACUACUGUUGAUCGGAUUCUUGGUUGCAGAGGUGAUGAUGAUGAGAAGCAAUAUUUUGUAAAGUGGAAAGAACUUUCUUAUGAUGAAUGUUACUGGGAAUUUGAAUCAGAUAUUUCUGCAUUUCAGCCAGAAAUAGAGAGAUUCAAUAGAAUGCAGUCUAGGAAUACUAAACUGUCUUCUAGUAAGCAAAAGAGUAGCCUUAAAGAUGUUAUGGAAUCAAGGAAGAAGCAGAAAGAAUUUCAACAGUAUGAACAUAGUCCUGACUUUCUUUCUGGAGGUACACUACAUCCAUACCAGCUUGAAGGGUUGAACUUCUUACGCUUCUCUUGGUCCAAACAAACUCAUGUCAUACUAGCUGAUGAGAUGGGGCUCGGAAAAACUAUACAGAGUAUUGCGUUUUUGGCCUCUCUUUUUGAAGAGAACCUUUCUCCGCAUUUGGUGGUUGCUCCACUUUCAACACUGCGAAACUGGGAACGUGAAUUUGCAUUAUGGGCUCCUCAAAUGAAUGUUGUCAUGUAUGUUGGUUCUGCCCAAGCUCGUGCUGUUAUAAGGGAAUAUGAGUUUUACUUUCCCAAAAAACAUAAGAAAAUCAAGAAAAAAAAAUCUGGUCAAGUUUUUAGUGAAAGCAAGCAAGAUAGGAUAAAGUUUGAUGUCCUUCUGACAUCAUAUGAGAUGAUUAACUUGGACUCAGCAUCAUUGAAACCGAUAAAGUGGGAGUGCAUGAUUGUUGAUGAAGGUCAUCGUCUAAAAAAUAAGGAUUCGAAGCUGUUUUCUUCAAUGAAACAGUAUUUGAGUAGGCAUCGUGUGCUUUUGACGGGAACUCCUCUUCAGAAUAAUCUGGAUGAACUUUUCAUGCUCAUGCACUUCCUUGAUGCUGGGAAGUUUGGAAGUUUAGAGGAGUUCCAGGAAGAGUUUAAAGAUAUUAAUCAGGAGGAGCAGAUUUCAAGGCUUCAUAAAAUGCUGGCCCCCCAUCUCCUCAGAAGAGUAAAGAAAGAUGUCAUGAAGGAACUACCUCCUAAAAAGGAACUUAUUUUACGAGUUGAAUUAAGUAGCAAGCAGAAAGAAUACUAUAAAGCAAUUCUGACACGUAACUAUCAGAUACUAACUCGACGUGGUGGUGCUCAGAUUUCUCUAAUCAAUGUGGUUAUGGAAUUACGCAAGCUCUGUUGUCACGCUUAUAUGCUAGAAGGAGUUGAACCAGAUAUAGAAGAUACAAAAGAAUCGUUCAAACAGCUCGUGGAAUCUUCGGGGAAGUUGCAAUUGUUGGACAAAAUGAUGGUGAAGCUAAAAGAGCAAGGCCAUAGAGUUCUUAUAUAUUCACAAUUUCAACACAUGUUGGACUUGCUUGAAGAUUACUGUUCUUACAAGAAAUGGCAGUAUGAGCGGAUAGAUGGCAAGGUUGGUGGAGCUGAAAGACAAAUACGAAUAGACCGAUUUAAUGCCAAAAAUUCUUCCAGAUUUUGUUUUCUGCUUUCGACCAGAGCUGGGGGCUUGGGGAUAAACCUUGCAACUGCUGACACAGUUGUCAUAUAUGAUAGUGACUGGAAUCCCCAUGCUGAUCUACAAGCUAUGGCUAGAGCUCAUCGACUUGGGCAAACUAACAAGGUGAUGAUUUUUAGGCUCAUAACACGAGGAACCAUUGAAGAAAGGAUGAUGCAAAUGACUAAGAAGAAAAUGGUGUUAGAGCAUCUUGUUGUUGGGAGGCUAAAGGCUCAAAACAUUAACCAGGAAGAGUUAGAUGACAUCAUAAGGUAUGGCUCAAAGGAGUUAUUUGCUGAUGAGAAUGACGAAGCGGGAAAAUCCCGCCAAAUUCAUUAUGAUGAUGCUGCAAUAGAUAGAUUACUUGACCGUGACCAAGUUCGAGACGAAGAGGCUACAGUGGAUGAUGAUGAGGAAGAUGGGUUUUUAAAGGCCUUUAAGGUGGCAAAUUUUGAAUAUAUUGAGGAAGCAGAGGCUGUAGCGGCGGAGGAAGCACGGAAGUCAGCAGUGGACGAUAAACCUACCGUGAGCAAUACAGAAAAAACAAAUUUCUGGGAAGAGUUGCUAAGAGACAGCUAUGAAGUGCAUAAAGUUGUAGAGUUUAAUGCUUUGGGAAAGGGAAAGAGAAGCCGGAAGCAGAUGGUAUCUGUUGAAGAAGAUGACCUGGCUGGUUUGGAAGAUGUAAGCUCUGACGGUGAGGAUGAUAACUACGAAGCCGAGCUGACUGAUAGUGAAACAACUAUAGCUGGAGCUCCGUCUGGGAGAAAGCCUUACAAAAAGAAACCUCGUGUGGAUGGCUCUGAGCCACUUCCAUUGAUGGAAGGCGAAGGGAGAUCGUUUAGGGUACUGGGUUUCAAUCAGAAUCAGAGGGCAGCGUUUGUGCAAAUUUUGAUGAGGUUUGGGGUUGGGGAUUUUGACUGGAAGGAGUUUACAUCUCGCAUGAAGCAGAAGACCUAUGAAGAAAUAAAAGAUUAUGGGACUCUUUUCUUGUCUCACAUUGCUGAAGAUAUGACGGACUCCCCUAACUUUUCAGAUGGUGUUCCAAAAGAAGGACUCAGAAUACAAGAUGUACUUGUUAGGAUUGCAGUUCUGCUUCUAAUAAGGGACAAAGUGAAGUUUUCACCAGAAAAUCCAGGCUCUCCACUUUUCACAGAAGACAUUGUAUCACGCUACCCAGGGUUGAGGGGUGGAAAAUUUUGGAAGGAAGAUCAUGAUUUAUUAUUACUGCGUGCUGUACUGAAGCACGGGUAUGGAAGAUGGCAAGCUAUUGUUGAUGACAAAGAACUGAGGAUUCAGGAGGUGAUCUGUCAAGAGUUAAAUCUCCCCUUCAUAAAUUUACCUGUCCCAGGACAAGCUGCUGCCCAAGCACAAAAUGGUACAAAUGCAGCUAAUGCAGAAGCACCCGUCACCCAGUUAAGGGAAAAUGGUGGUGCGAAUGAUAUAGCAACUGAUGUUGCACAGGGAACUACUGAUGCUGCAAACCAAGCACGGGUAUAUCAAGACCCUUCCAUAUUAUUUCACUUCAGAGAUAUGCAGAGAAGACAGGUUGAGUUUAUCAAGAAAAGGGUGCUUCUCUUGGAAAAAGGGCUCAAUGCAGAGUACCAGAAAGAAUACUUCGGUGACAUGAAAUCAAACGAGAUUGCAAGGGAAGAGCCUGAAAAUGAACCGAAGGUUGCAAAUGUGCCAAGUCCUAGCUCCGUGGAGGUUGAGACCCAAGUGGUUGAUCGAUUGCCUCAAGUAGAAACAAUUUCUGCGGAAGAAAUUUCUGCUGCAGUUUGUGAUGAUGACCCGGAUCGAUCAGAACUGCCUCGGCUCUACAAUGAGAUGUGCAAGGUUGUGGAGGAAAAUCCCCAGGAAUCAGUUCCAACUUCCUCAGCAAACCAAUCGGUGACAAAGAACCUCCUUCCAUUGGAAACCAUUUGUGAAGAUGUAAACCGCAUUCUCUCUCCUGGGCAGACAAAGCCUCCUACUUCGGAAGACCUGAUAUCGAAUAGAACGCAACAAUCACAAGCUGAGUCAGGGGUGGUCGAUGUUUCAAUAACCGGAUCUCCAUCUGCCCAUCAAGAUGACCACGGCCCUGCUUCCACGGCAGAAACUGAGAUGAUGGACAUUGUAACAGAGUCUGAACCUUUAAAGGAAAGCAGCAAGUUAACGGACUCAAACCCUGACCUAGAUCCAGCAAAAGCAGAGAGUGAAGCUACUGUGGAUCCAUCCCCACCUCAGGCGCCAGAUGUAACUGAAGAUGAUGUGGAAAUGGAUGAUGCUCCAUCUAAUGGAAGCACACAGAAAUCGGAGCAGGGGGUCAUUGUUUUGGAUGACUGAAAACAUAUAUCUAAGUUUACUGAGCCUCCUAUUUCAUUAGUCUUUGCUUUCUCUAACAAUCACAGCAACAGUCUUUACCCCCCAAAAGAAAAGAAAAUUGAUUGACAGGAAUUUCUCGAGUGAUUUAUAUAGUUUCUUCCUCGGUUUCAACUUUCAUGGGAGAAUUGAUUACCAAAUGCUGGGACUUUUUCAUCUCGUAUUGCCUGAGGACUGGCUGGGGAGGGAAGGAUUAACGAGUAUGUACUUUGUUUCAUUGAAAUACAUAAUGAUGGAUUAUAAACAUAUAUAAACUUUUUGAUUUCAUUAAA